GUGUGUGUAAAGAGGUGAAUUUCUUUUAACAUAUGUGCAGUGACAUUAUUAAAAACUGUACUGAUGUGUAUAUCAUUCUUAUUAGUAGAACGUUACUACUCUCAGGUAUAGAUUAGAAUAAUAUGGCAUAUCAACCAGUUCACUGUUUUCAAUGCGUUAUGUUGGUCGGCGUGUUCAUUUAAUGGAGGUGUGGUGUCAUGUGAUUUGAACGGAUAAGAAUGUGUAAAGGCUGCAAAUCUUAGUUAUAAAAUGGAAGACUGUGAAAUACUUUGUUUAGAAACAGGAACAACAGAUGAUGUUAUUGAUGUACUAAAGAAGUUUAUUGACAAGCACAAUCAGUCGUUCAUAUUCGAAGAUUUAAACCAAAAUGGAAGACGUCAGAAGCUGUGGAGUUCUCUUUUUCAUCACUUGGAUAAUUCAGCAGAAGUUUCAUGUUGCAAAUAUUGCCUAUCCUGCAUACGGUUAAUAAGCCGAGAUAAGACUGGACUGAAUGAACUGAUAUGUAAUAAGUGGCUUGAGACUUUAUUGCAUCAUGCAGGGCUGGUUCCACAGAAAGAAGCUUCCAGCUCGAUAAAUGAGUCGCCUGUUAAUUAUGAAGUGAUGUUAGAGGCAUUGAAAUGUCUGUGUAACAUUAUCUUCCAUAGCCCAUAUGCUAAAGCACUGAGUUCCAAGAAUAAUUCAUUAGAGGGUGUUCUUAUGCUACUCCGAACUUACAAGGAUCCAGAGCUCCCUUAUGAAAUUAAGUUCUACAAUGUGAAGGUCUUGUUUCUGAUCACUGCGUUUCAUGAAAAGGUUGCGCCUGAUUUAAAUAGAGAACUGCUGGUGUGUCUUACUGAUAUAUUGGAUCUCAUUUUAAAAGAAGUGGAACGAGAAGAACAUGAUGACAAGGGAGAAGCUACAUCUUCUGUUAUAAAAAUUACAUUAUAUGACAAUCAGGUGGAAUUAGCUUGUGGGGUGCUGCAGACUUUGUUCAAUCUGACUAUGAACUCCGCGAAACAACAUGCAUUUGAUGAUGAAAUGGCUGAGUUUCUUCGCCUUGCUUCCAUUCUUCAUGAUUUCCUGCUUUGUGCAACACAGCCGUGUGAAAAACAAUAUGAACUUCACAGAAAUGUAGUCAAUCUUCUGAUGAAUCUACCAGAAAAUUGCUAUGAGAAGCUAAUGACCCCUGUUCAGAGAAGUCUGCAUGAUACUGAUAAAGGCCCUGAGUAUGAUGGCAAGAACAUGAAAGCAGUUGCUGUACUUUUGGACUUUCUUAGCUAUAAAUUGGACUCGGCAGAACAGGAUGUGAGUUCACAAUAUGAACUUGUUUGUCCCAUAAUGUUUGUCAUGGUGAAUUGUGUAAAUUGCCACCGUUCAAUGCGUAAGUUCCUGCGUCAGCGUGUACUUCCUCCUCUGACAGAAGUCCAUUCUCGGCCUGAAGAGGGAACUACCCUCCGUAAUAAGCUGUGUCGGCUACUCACUUCGUGUGUUAUGCAAGUUCGUGAUUUAGCUGAUCAGUUCCUCUUCAUCCUUUGCAAAGAAAAUGUGAUGCGUAUGGUGAAGUAUACAGGAUAUGGAAAUGCAGCAGGGUUUUUGGCGAGGAGCGGUGCUAUGCUUGGUGAAAGCAACAACUUGUCUUCCACCUCAGGGGCACAGUAUUCAUCUGACAGUGAAGAUAGUGACACAGAGGAAUACAAAAAGUUCAAAUCCCAGAUCAACAUUAUGACGGGAUGUUGCGAGAAACCUCAUCCUGAUCCCAUGGAAUCCAUGUCAGAGGAGCAGAAAGAAUUUGAAGCAUUAGAGCUAGUUAAAAAGCUGGAUAAACUAACCAGAGAUGGCAUCAUGCAGCCCUGCCGAAUUGGAGAAGAUGGCCGUCCAGAGCCAGUGGGUCAUGUCUUGGAACUUAUUGAAAAUUUAUCUCAACUGCAGAUCAAGCCAUCAGAAGAUGAUUGAUUGAUUUUGUUUCUCCUGUUUGAUCACACUAUAAUUCAUAACUGAUAUCACACAUUCGUUUAAUUUACAAAAUUUGUAUGAAAUAUUUGGACUUUGUCUUGAAAUUAUGUAUUCACAAGAUACAUAGGUUUAGCAUCCAAAAAUGUUUUCCUUCACUAAGGAAAUCCAAAUUAUGGUUCCUUUUCUUAAAGCCUCACUUCUCUGUGCCUUUUUUCAGUUACUUGCCACUUUUACAAUAUUGUAACUGUUUGUAUAGUGAAAUGAUGGCAAAUUGAGGAGAAAUGGCCCUGAAAUAUUGGAUAAAAAUGUUGGAUUUGAGGUUUUCACGGCAGAGAGUCUGAACAUUGCUGUCUUCUGGGUUGUUGCACCAUGUGGUCUGGUAGAUGUUUACCGAUGUAUGAUGAAGGCAGCAAGGACCUCUAAAAUAUCAGUAAACAUCUACCAGACUACACAGCGCAACAACCCAGAAGACAGCAAUCUUUAUGCUAUAGUCAGUUUUGUUGUAUUCAAAAUUAAUCAAAUAAAAGAUGAUGUAAGGUUCCACAUGCCUGGAUAAGUGAACUGAAAAUUAAAAGAAUUCCAGCAUUGAUAUAGUAAUUAUGUUCUCUAAAAAGGUGCUUUAGUAAUAAAAGUUUCUGCGUAUCCUUACAAAUUUUAACUGGGUUUCUGAAAAUUAACCCAAUGAGGCAAAGUGAAUCCAAGCUGAUUCUGUCAAGAGACCAUCUCAUAAUCACCUUUCUUUCACCAGUGAUACCACAGUCUGAUUUAAAUAAAGGUGUUUAAAUGUGAAAGGGUUAUUCAUUAUAAUAUUAAAAUAUUGUUUAUAAGAUUGAUGGGAUAUCCAUAGCUGCCCAGUUAUUUAUUUAUAUGUUUGAUUAUUGUAUAGUAUGUAAACAUACUACAUGUCAUGUUUGUAAACAAAUACAGAAUGUAUCAAAGGUUAGCUGUAAGUAUGAAAGCAUGUAUUGGUUUUUAAACUCUCCACCCCUGCAGAGAAGGGAUAGGAUAUUUCUUACAGCCAUUUGUACUUUAAUGUGAUUUUCACCCUUUUCUGUUCUUACAAAUCAAUCUAUGGAAACAGAUUAUUUAAGGAUUGCAUUUGAUGGCUUUAUUAUGGCAUUCAAUUCAUUGUGCAUGGGUGUGAAUAAUAUAACAAAAUUAGUUUUUGAUGUAUUUUAAAGUUAAAAUUGGGAACAAUUAAUGUAUACACUUACUCAACA